CGCUGCCGGCGUCGUCAAUAUCACCAGCCCUCUUUCGUUCCUUCUGCACAACCAAGAUACUGCUCGUACACUCCUUUAUACGAGCGUGUCGAUAGCCCUCACUCACUCACUCACUCAUACUUCACACACAGACUUUUGUCUUUCUCUACACCCUGGCUCCGACUUCAUUCUUUCAGUCGAGCCCGUCCUCUCAUUUGUUCCUCGUCUUUUCUGGUUUGCAGGCUCGCCCGUGCGUAUAAAACGCCGGACUACUAGUAAUACUUAGUGAAUAUUGCUCUGUCUCCUACCACCACGAGGUCCAUUUUCUGCAGAGGCUCGAUCAUUUCCAGGCAACCCCUCGAUCGUCAUCCUAUCCACCGUCAAUCCCAGAUAUCGAGGAUCUACCAGCAGCUUGCGGUUGCUCAAAAGAAAAACAAAAACCGAGACACUCAUUUUAUAUUGCACCUAAUAAAAAGCAAUAUAGCUCCGGCACAACACACACUCACAUUCACACGCCAUUAUCAAUCUUCAUCAUGCCUGCUAUCCUUGGACAACCCCUCCAGGCCCGUGCCCCAAUCAAGGUCACCCGUGGGGCCGACGAUACCGGCAACACCAGCGUCAUCAACCUGCUGGUCAUCGUCCUGGCCGUCAUCGUCGGCCUCGGCCUCGUUCUCCUGGGAAUCCUGCUGGUGCUGAAGAGGGUCAGGCGUCAGAGGACGCAGGCGGCUAGCCCGCCCCGGUACAACGAUGUCAUUCACGAGAACAAGAAUCACCACCAUCUCACCAUCGAGACAAAGGACGGCCGCUCCAGUGUCAUACUCUACAACAAGGAUGGCCGCCCCAUGCUAGCAAACCCCAACUCGCCGCCUCACUCUCCUGACAACGUCCCCGAGAUUCACAUCACUUUCCCCGACGAGGAGGACAGCGCCAGCGGCAAGCGCAAGUCGGGUCGGGUCGUGGUCGUCCGUGUCGGUGACAAUGCUGCUGUCGGUCUGGAGCCCCUGGACGAGGACCAGCUACCCGCGUACGAGAAGAACAACAACUCGCACUUCUACUCGAUCGACAUGGACGAUAUCGGUGGCCUGAGGGAGAAGGAGCGCGAGGACUACCACUAGAGAUGAGCGGGUGCAAACCUCGAGCACCGCCGCUCGAGAUUUCCCCAGUCAUCACAACAAUCCGCCGCCUUCUCUCUUUAUUUCUUAUUCACGACCUACUCAUAUCCGUGCUGGGGGCUUUGCGACUGGAGGGAAAGCCUUCACAUUGUAACGACUUUUGAUACCGUAUUUCGAUGGGGAUUGGAGUUUGGAGAGAUGCCCGAGUUUUGCUGCCUGCAGCCGAGAUACCCUGCACGAGCUUCACCUUCAUCCUGUCGACCAGUUGACCGCAUUCUCCUUCGUCUUUUGGGGCGGCGCUUGUGCCAAGUUGGUGGGGGGGUGGUGGUGGUGGGAAAGGGGAGGGGGAGGACGUGUGCCAGCAAGGAAGAUGAGCUGUGGUGUGGUCCACCAACAACAACAUCAAUGAAUCUCCCGCACCCAGGCAGGCGCCCGAAGUGUUCGCGACGGUUCUACCUCGCUCAUUACCAUGGCUGUCUUGUUCACGGCUCGGCAUUGCAUCCUUUGCAUCCCGUAAGGCUUCUGGAUGCGGGAGGACGAAUUCCAUGACAAAAGCGAGCAUCUGUUAGCAUCGUUUUCCCCGUUCAAUCAUUUUGACUAGUGUGGAGUUUGUACAUUCUCAAUAUUGUAUAAUCAUUAUUAUCAGAAACCCUAGACC